AAUCUGCGUUUCCUGAUCGGCCAAAGCGGUAGCACUUCGCAGAGAUAUGCGGCCUGAUAACAUUGACCACUCCAAUCUCUCCGGGCAAAUGGGACAGUCUCCACUGAAAAACCCAGCUGAUUUGUUUCAUUUGGAACACGUUGUGAAAAUAUGCGCCCCUAUGGUUAGGUAUUCAAAGUUGCCUUUCAGAACUUUAGUCAGGAAAUACGACUGUGAUUUGUGCUACACGCCAAUGAUCGUUGCGGCUGAUUUUGUCAGAUCUGUGAAAGCCAGGCACAGUGAAUUUACCACAAACCAAGUUGUCCUCAAACUAUCUUUCAAAAACCCUCAUACAAAAUCAUGGGCCAUGGCAGAAGGCUAUGGUGCUUGCUUAAUAAACAAACCAGAACUGAUACAAGAGAUGGUGAGAUCAGUAAGAAAUCAGGCAGAAAAACCCACGUUUUCGGUAUCUGUUAAGAUACGGAUCCAUGAAGAUCUAAAGAGAACCGUAGACCUUUGCCAAAAAGCAGAAUCAGCUGGAGUAUCCUGGAUCACUGUACAUGGGAGAAAUGUGGAAGAAAGACAUCAGCCGGUGCACUACGAUGCAAUUAAAACAAUUAAAGACAGCGUAUCAAUACCGGUGGCAGCUAACGGUGAUGUGAAAUCCCUGAAAGACGUGGAGUCCAUUCAUGAAAGAACAGGAGCUGAUGGUGUCAUGGUUGCUAGAGGGCUCUUAGCCAAUCCAGCUUUAUUUGCAGGAUAUGAAGACACACCUCUGCAGUGUGUCCAGGACUGGGUGGACAUAGCCCUUCAACAGGGGACCCCCUUCACCUGCUUCCACCACCACUUAAUGUACAUGCUGGAAAGGGUGACUUCGAAACAAGAAAAGAAGAUUUUUAAUGUUUUAUCAAGUACGUCUGCCGUUUUGGACUACCUGAGAGAUAAUUAUGGCGUUCGGUAGCUUGCUCAGUAUAUUAAAUCGUGAGAAGACCAAUCUUAUUUUAA